ACAUUGAUGGUUUAGUUUUCGAUCUGGGUUAUAUCGUCGAUGAAAGGAUAUAUCCCGGACUACGCCGCCAUUUUCUUCGGCCCCUGCUUCUCUUCUCGUCCUCAAAAGAACGCAAGAAGAUAUUUUUGUUCAGGCGGAGUCGAAGUUGAUCCGUGCUACGCGCGUGGCGACGGAACUAAGAAAAAAGAGAAAAAUAAUUUUACGACAAUCGGCGUUUGUAUUUGCCACGAGCUGGAAACGAAGCUGAAACGGCCGAUACGAUGACGGUAGCGUACUUUCACGUGUAUAUGGAGCGAGUUGGCGAUGUUAUUUGUAGAGGUUGAGAGCGUCUGGGGCGAUGAGCGGAGAUGAAAAUGAGUUACCCUGAAGUCAGCCAAUCAUCCUGGCGUGUACAAAGCGAAACAUGUGCGGACCUUAUGAAUGGGGGGUUCCCGUUUUUUUUUUCUUUUUUCUGUUGUUUGCAGCAUUCGGUGAGUUGACUAGAGGUGCAGUAGGCGUAGGCUGGUGGGUUGCGCGUCAGAGGCAUUGUCGGAUGUGUUUUGGGAACUGCAGGGUGCCGUGUUGCCAAUCAAGGCGGUUACAUGCUUUUUGAUUGGCAGAUGAGGCAUUUUCGUGCCGCCCGUGUUGGAGGCACAUUUCCCGUUCGAUUCAUCGACAGUAGGAUGAUGCUGUUCCUGAGCCAUUUUUUGACAACAUACCGAACCAAACCCGUGUAUGUCUAGGAGGUUCAUAUGCGUGCAUUUUAUUAGAUUGUUGCUCGCAAUUUUCAGUUCACAUCGAUGAAUUGUGAUUUUUUUGGGCGUUUCGCGUGGAUUGUCGCCGGUAUCAGAAAGACAGGAUUUCCCGGGAAACAAUCCUAUACUAGAUUGUCCUCUCAUUUUUCGGAAUGAUUUUGAAUUUUGCUCGUGGGAGAAAAUCAAGCGCCAGGUGCGCGACGGGAUACGAGCACUCGGAGUCUGAUUUCUAUGGACGCGCGGAGCGGGAAGAGAGUAAGUUGGUGAUUGAGAGGGACAGAGGCAUUGAUCGGACUGGAGGCCCACUACUGCUGCCGGAGUAGUUGAUUCCAUAGAUGACUCGUGGCUCUGCUCCGACCGCAACGGUGGCGUUGUUGCGUUCACGAGCGUGCUUGGUCGAGAAAGCGAAGGUUGAUAGAACGGGUUCUGGUGCGUUUUGGUUGGCUGUCAUUUUUCCCGAUCUGUAAGAUACCGAUUGCGUGCUGUACGAAGGACGAGUUGGUCGGUUGAGUUGGUGAGCUCAGAGAUGCAUGGAAUGCUUUUAGGUGAAUUGGCGUGUUUUGGGGCACAGACUCCUGUACGGGGAACAACACGGCAUAGAGGAGAUGGCAUCGAAUAGAAACAUGAGACUCAGGGUGGGCUGUAUAUGCCAGUGUUACUUAAGCUUGUUGGUGGUUGUCCGGAGAGGGUCUGAGCAUGAACGGCUGCACCAACACCAAAAGGAAAAGGAAAAGGAGAGCGGGAUGGAUAUGGCACGGGUCAAAAUUUGUCAGCACCUGGAGUACAGCGUAGUUUUCUCGACACUCGGGGCGGGGCGUAAUAAAAUCCCAUCGAUGGCAGAGAGAUAACAUGAGCCCACUCAAACCCCAGCCUUUGUUGGGUUAUGGUUGGAUAUGGUUGAAGUGGUAUCUGAGGAGGAGCGAAAUC